AAGAACAGGCACUGCCUGCCUUCCCUAUAUAAAGCAGCAGGCACGUUAACCAACAGACAUUCGCCGGGAGGACCAUACAGGCGGCAGUCAUCCCCACGCUACGGCUUGACAGGAUGCCUGGAAUGUUCUUGUCUGCUCACCCAAAAGAAUUGAAAGAAACUGGUCACUCACUUCUACACGACAGAACACAGAAAAGGAGGCCCAAGACUUUUGGAAUGGACAUGAAAGCAUACCUGAGAUCUAUGAUCCCACCUCUGGAAUCUGGAAUAAAAUCGUCCAAGGCCAAGGAUAUACUCUCUGCUGAUGAAGUAAUGCAAUGGUCUCAAUCUCUGGAAAGACUUCUUGCCACCCAAACUGGUCAAGAUGUUUUUGGAAAUUUCCUAAAAUCUGAGUUCAGUGAGGAAAACAUUGAGUUUUGGCUGGCUUGCGAAGACUAUAAAAAAACAGAAUCUGAUCAUUUGCACUGCAAAGCAGAGAAAAUCUAUAAGGCCUUUGUGCAUUCAGAUGCUGCUAAGCAAAUCAAUAUUGACUUCCGCACUCGGGAAUCUACAGCCAAGAGGAUUAAAGCGCCAACUCUCACAUGUUUUGAUGAAGCCCAAAAAGUCAUAUUUACUCUCAUGGAAAAGGACUCAUACCCCAGGUUCCUGAAAUCAGAUAUUUACUUAAAUUUGCUCAAUGACCUUCAAGCUAACAGCCUGAAGUGACUGGCUGUCGGUUAAAGGCAUGAGAAGACAGCAUCAGUACAGACAAAACACACCAGUGAGGCUCCCUGGCUGAACAACUUUCCAUUUUCAGGCAACUCAGCAAGCCCAGCGGAAGAAGAAAUGACUCCGGACAAAUGCAUGUGGUGGCUGUCCAAAUGUGAGGCUGGAGUAUAAGCUAAGUUGAAACUGAGGGACUGCAGGAGAAAGGAGACAAUGCGGCACUGUCACCGAACA